GUUUCCUUGCUCGUAGCUGCACAGAAAUCAAACUUGUGAGGCAGACCAGCAGCUUCCCAGCGAGGGGGAAGAGCAAGCCGGAGGCGGCGUGCUCGUGCAAGGCAGACCCAGUGCGUCUCAGGGCCGACAUAGGGACCGGCUCGGAAAAAAGUGAUGGCCUCGCAGGUUUCCUCAGAAACGACUCCGUGUGUAGCAAUAACUGCGGGACUUGGGAAGAUCCGAGAGCUGAGGCCCAGUUAGGGGCUGUUGCAAUAACCUGGUGCCUAGACUUACAGUCUAUUUUAAUCGAGGCAGUCCCAGUGAAGGGGGAGACGAAGCAGGACCGCUGCCUGAAAACUGAGCUGCUGCGAGAGGAAGAGACCUCUAUGGCCGCCGAUGAAGGCCCUGCCGAGAAGCUGGCAGGAGAGGCUCCCGUGGCCGCAGACGGUGAAGCCAACGGGCCCUGUGAGAGGAGCGAUGCCAGCAGGCACCUAAACACAGCAGAGCACACUCAGGAAAAUGCUCAUGGCAGCCCCCCGGAAGGUACCAAUAGACUCACCCGGAUUGCAGAGAACGGGAUUUCAGAAAGAGACACUGACGCGGGGAAGCAAAACCACGUCCGCGCCGACGGCCUCACUCAGACUGCUGUCGUCGGGAGCAACGGGCUCUCACUGAGUAAAGCAGCCCCGCAGGAGCUGCCCUCGCGGGGCCCCAGUGCUGCGGCGCCCGCUCUGCCUGGUCAUGCCGCGAAAACCCUGCCCGCAGCGGCCGGCAGAGGGAGGACUCCUGGUGCUUUUGCUCAGACGCCAGCCGCAGUGCCAGCCAAGCCCGGGGAAGGGAGUAGAGACGCAGAGGACAAGAAGCCCCCGGCUGCGGGCGCCGACGUCAAGGUCCACAGGGCACGGAAGACCAUGCCGAAGCCCACCCUGGGCCUGCACGCAGCCGGCAAGGACCCCAGAGACGCUCGGGAAGCUCGAGACCAAGAGGAGCCCAAAGAGGAGAUGAGCAAAACCAUUUCUGACUUUGGACGACAGCCGCUCUUACCCCCCUUCCCACCCCUUCACCAGUCGCUACCUCAAAACCAGUGCUACGUGGCCACCACAAAGUCACAGACAGCAGCUGCAGUAUCUCGGAAGAAAAAACGAAGAAUGGGAACCUAUAGCCUGGUUCCUAAGAAAAAGACCAAAGUGUUAAAACAGAGGACGGUGAUUGAGAUGUUUAAGAGCAUAACUCACUCCACAGCAGGUUCCAAGGGCGAGAAGGAGCUGGGUGACAGUGCCCUUCAUGUGAAUGGCGAGAGCUUGGACAUGGACUCGGAGGAUGACGACUCGGAGGAGCUGGACGAGGACGAGGACCAGGGAGCCGAGCAGGCGGCCGCCUUCCCCCCGGAGGACAGCAGGACUUCGAAAGAGAGCGUGGCGGGGGCAGAGCCCACGCACAAGAUGGAUGGCGAGUCUGAAGAGGAGCAGGAGUCGGCCGGCACCGGGGAGGAGGAGGAGGACGGGGAUGAGUCGGACCUGAGCUCCGAAUCCAGCAUCAAGAAGAAGUUCCUCAGGAGGAAAGGGAAGCCAGACAGCCCCUGGGUCAAGCCGGCCAGGAAGAGGAGGCGGAGAAACAGGAAGAAGCAAAGCGGCCUGCUGGGUUCUGAAGCCUAUGCGUCGUCUUCAGGAAGCACAGAGAUUGCGGCAUCAGGAGAAAGCUCGGCGUACGUGGAGGUUUGUCUGGACUCCCUGGACCUGCGCGUCAAGGGGACCCCAACCUCUCAAGAGGAAGGCCUGGCCAAUGGUCCUGAUGCCGUGGAGAUGGAUGGCCUCCAGGAAGUGCCCCUCUGCAGCUGCCGGAUGGAGACCCCGAAAAGCCGAGAGAUCACCACUCUCGCCAACAACCAGUGCAUGGCCACGGAGAGUGUGGACCACGAACUGGGCAGGUGCACCAACAGCGUGGUCAAGCACGAGCUGAUGCGCCCGUCCAGCAAGGCGCCCCUCCUGGUGCUGUGUGAAGACCACCGGGGCCGGAUGGUGAAGCACCAGUGCUGCCCCGGCUGCGGCUACUUCUGCACGGCGGGCAAUUUUAUGGAAUGUCAGCCCGAGAGCAGCAUCUCUCAUCGCUUCCACAAAGACUGUGCCUCUCGCAUCAAUAAUGCCAGCUACUGUCCCCACUGUGGGGAGGAAACCUCCAAGGCCAAAGAGGUGACGAUCGCAAAAGCAGACACGACCUCCACCGUUACCCUGGCCCUGGACCAGGAGAAGAGCUCCACCGUGGAGGGCAGGGCCGACACCACCACCGGCAGCACCUCCGGACCCCUGCUGUCAGAGGAUGACAAGCCACAGAGCACGGCCCCCCCGGCGCCUGAGAGCCUCGACCCUGCAGGGCCAGCUGGGCUGGUGAAGCCAGGCCCAGGAAAGGAGACACUGGAAAGCGCCCUCAUUGCCCUGGACUCGGAAAAGCCCAAGAAGCUGCGCUUCCACCCCAAGCAGCUGUACUUCUCCGCCAGGCAAGGGGAGCUGCAGAAGGUGCUGCUCAUGCUGGUUGAUGGGAUUGAUCCUAACUUCAAAAUGGAGCACCAGAACAAGCGAUCCCCCCUGCACGCCGCGGCGGAGGCUGGCCACGUGGACAUCUGCCACAUGCUGAUCCAGGCGGGAGCGAACAUCGACAGCUGCUCGGAGGACCAGAGGACCCCGCUCAUGGAGGCGGCAGAGAACAACCACCUGGACGCAGUCAAGUACCUCAUCAAAGCUGGGGCCCUCAUGGACCCUAAGGAUGCGGAGGGCUCCACCUGCUUGCACCUGGCUGCCAAGAAAGGCCACUAUGAUGUGGUUCAGUAUCUGCUUUCGAAUGGACAGAUGGAUGUCAACUGUCAGGACGAUGGUGGCUGGACACCCAUGAUUUGGGCCACGGAGUAUAAGCACGUGGAGCUGGUGAAGCUGCUGCUGUCCAAAGGCUCAGACAUCAACAUCCGGGACAACGAGGAGAACAUCUGCCUGCACUGGGCAGCCUUCUCGGGCUGCGUGGACAUAGCCGAGAUCCUGCUGGCCGCCAAGUGCGACCUGCACGCCGUGAACAUCCACGGAGACUCGCCCCUCCACAUCGCCGCCCGGGAGGACCGCUACGCCUGCGUUGUCCUCUUUCUCUCUCGGGAUUCAGAUGUGAACUUGAAGAACAAAGAGGGAGAGACGGCCCUGCAGUGUGCCAGCCUCAAUUCCCAGGUGUGGGAUGCUCUGCAAAUGAGCAAGGCACUUCGAGACGCGGCCCCAGACAGGCCUGUGCCCACGGAGAGGACGGUGAGCAGAGACAUAGCUCGAGGCUACGAGCGAAUCCCCAUCCCCUGUGUGAACGCCGUGGACAGUGAGCCGAGCCCCAGCAACUACAAGUACGUGUCCCAGAACUGCGUGACGUCCCCUAUGAACAUCGACAGAAACAUCACCCACCUGCAGUACUGCGUGUGCACCGAUGACUGCUCCUCCAGCAACUGCAUGUGCGGCCAGCUCAGCAUCCGCUGCUGGUAUGACCAGGACGGCCGGCUGCUGCCUGAGUUCAACAUGGCGGAGCCGCCCUUACUGUUCGAGUGCAACCACGCCUGCUCCUGCUGGAGGAGCUGCCGGAACCGCGUCGUGCAGAACGGCCUGCGGGCGAGGCUGCAGCUCUACCGGACAGAGAACAUGGGCUGGGGCGUGCGGUCCCUGCAGGACAUCCCCGCGGGCACCUUCGUCUGCGAGUACGUGGGUGAGCUCAUCUCUGACUCCGAGGCCGACGUCCGGGAAGAGGAUUCAUACCUGUUUGACCUCGACAACAAGGAUGGAGAGGUGUACUGCAUCGACGCUCGGUUCUACGGGAACGUCAGCCGCUUCAUAAACCACCACUGCGAGCCCAACCUGGUGCCCGUGCGCGUCUUCAUGUCCCACCAGGACCUGCGGUUCCCCAGGAUCGCCUUCUUCAGCACCCGCCUAAUCGAGGCUGGGGAGCAGCUGGGGUUCGACUAUGGGGAGCGCUUCUGGGACAUCAAAGGCAAGCUUUUCGGCUGCCGCUGUGGCUCCUCCAAGUGCCGCCACUCCAGCACGGCCCUGGCCCAGCGGCAGGCCAGUGCCGCCCAGGAGGCCCAGGAGGACGGCCUGCCGGACACCAGCUCCCCCACCACCGACCCCCGAUGAACUGCAGCUGGCACUGUUUGUACCGCGGUUUAGGGGCGAAGAGAAAGGGCAGCUGCGUGUGCGGGUCUGGCUUGGCUGCAUCCGGCGGGUGGGCGGGCGGCGCAGACAGGCCUCCGCCGGGAGCCGUCGCUCCGGGCUCGCUGGGACCCUGCACUGGCCUACCCUUGUGAGUCCUGAUGGUGGUUUUGUCAUUUCCACGUUUCUCAUUUCUCCCUGCUCCCCGCGGUUCCCGUCCCACUGCAGGGCUUGUGGGCAACGUCCUGUCAGCUCAGACUCCUCCAUGUGGCGCCUGCUGAAGCCACUGCCACCUGCAAGCUGCUCCGUGAGGCCCGCCCGCCCGCUCAGACACUGUCCCCACCACCAUCUAAGGGUUCGGGCCAAGCUGCCACUGACUGGAGAAAAUGUGGGCUUGCUUUUUAAAGAGACCCCGUGUCUGGUCCUGUAUGUCAGCCCUCAACACGCUCCUGCUGGAGGAAGCACCUCGGGGGGCGAGAGGCCGCGGCCCACGGAGGCCCCGCCAGCCCCACCGGUGUGGUGCCGCUGGCACCUGUGCUGAUUUUUAAGCCACAUGCUAUGAUGAUGAAUAAACUGAUUUAUUUUCUACCAUUAUUGAACAUUAGGACAAACAAAAAAUAAAAACACAAAACACAGACAACGGUGCUGAUUCUGGUGUGGUUUCUACUCACCAUGUGAAAAUAAACUCUCAGCUGUAUAAAGAGAACAAAGUGAUUUUAGAAUCAAGUGCAGGAAGAAGCUUUUUUAAAAUGUUAGUCUUGUAGUGUGAAUAAAUUUGCCGUCACCUUUUGUGUGGUGGCCUGCCAGGUCAUAUCCUUUUUUUGGCAUAUACUUUUUUAAAUACUGUAACUAGUACAGUAACAGUGGGGUUUUUUUUGUGCGACUCUUCUAAAACAUUCAUAAUGCAGUCAUGUUUAUUUUUUUCUGUUAAAAUGUUUUUGACAGUUUUAAGAGCAGUCUUUUGGCUCAGACCAUUUCUUGUUCUGUUUUCAAUGAAAUCAAUAAAAAGAAAAAGAUACUUUAAA